UUACCUGUUAAUGAUGAUACGGCAUUUUUUUCAGGACCUAGCGCAGACAUAAAUAAAUAAAUAAAUCAACAGGAGGCGGUGCUUACGUUUAUUGCAGAUUACCACAAAACCACUUCCUUCGUGACACGGUGUCCCAAAUGUCAUCUGUGAAUGACUGAACAUGUAGAUCAACAGGACUGUAGCAAUAUUUCAUUAAAUGCUACAUAUUUAUAAAGUCAUGUUUAAGGUGAUUAAUUUACUGAGGACUCAAAGUCUCAACGUCUUUUUCUGGCAUUUGGAUAUUUAUGGAACAAACAUUCUGGGCCUAUUUAGAUUUCACGUUUCUGCUGUGUAAUAACCAGCUGAACUGACCUGCACAUUGCGUUUGCCUUCUUCAUAAUGGCUGCUGUGCACCAAACUCUUUUUCUUCUUUUGUGCUGUGGACUCGUUCAGUGCUGUGGUGGAGAAUGCAGAGUAAGCUGCACCACUGACUACAGGUCAAUGUUGAACUGUUCCAUUUCUGCCUCAGAUGGACCAUUGUCUUGUGAUGUAGAAGCAGAGUGCAGAAGUGAGUUUGAUUCUGUCAAUGGGAGAUGUGCUAUCCGACCACCACAUCAGUGGUGUACAAUACAACCAGACAACUUCUCCAUCAUAAUUGAAAUGGAUACAAACUGCACACUAAAAGUAAAACAGUUAAAGCAGCAAACUGAGUUGGAAGAGCAUACGCUAAGCCAUGUGAUUCUGUAUCACAUCAUUAAGCCAUGGCCGCCAAUCAAUCUAACUCUUACAAAAAAUGAUCAGGCUUUUAACAUUUCCUGGGAUACGGUCUAUACUGAUGAUGACAUCAGUUUGCUGCAAGAUGAUUUGAUGUACAGGGUGCGUUUAAGGCCAAAGGAUAACCUGGAUGAGAAAUACUACAUGGAGUAUAACAUCCAUGAGGACUGCAGGCACCAGGAAAUUCAGUGUGAGUCGCUCUUGUCGGGGAGAGUGUAUGUUGCUGAAGUUCAGGCCUCUGUGAACCCUGCGAGGAUCCCGAACAGUGGGAAGGAAUGGAGUGAGUGGAGCUCCAGCAUUGAAUGGACCUGCCCCUGCCCUGAUGCUGAUUUCAUGGGGCCAAAGCGAUACUUUUUGGUGCUUUUGUCAGUGGUCCCACUUAUGCUUUUGUUCUUUGGGAAACUGAGGUGGCAUAUUAAGCUGUACAUGUGUCAGUACAUCCCAAAUCCGCAAAAUUUCUUCAAACCUCUCUACCACACAUAUCAAGGAGACUUUAAGAAAUGGGUUGGGCCAGUCCUUACUUUCAACACCAUGGACAUCCUGGAGAAGAGUGUGCCCCUGCAGGUGCUGAGUGAGAAGCCACUAGCAGCUCUGCCAUGUCAGAGGGAGCUUCUGCAGGAGCAUGGUGGUGGUGGUGAUGGUGGUGGUAGGAGUGGGAGUGGCAUGGGAGACUGGAGCACACGCAGCCUGGUCAACCCUAUGUCCAAGCGCUACUUCCUCGGAAGCAGCAGCCUUCUUACCACACGAUCUGGGGGCCACAUCUCCAUGGAUACCGUGACCGUUUCAGACUGGACUGGAGGCAGUAGGAACGGGCCACAGCUCGAAGACCAGCCUGGCCUCGAAGGGGCCAAUCAGAGGGCAGAUGGAUUUGCAGAUGAUGACAAAGUCCCAGGGCUAGAUGGACAGAGGGGCCCCAGGGGGCAGGGCUUUGAAGAGUGGCAGCUCCAAGCCACUGACAUGGAGAACAUUGAAGAAAGCUCCCUCGACUCGUACAGUUCUAACGAGCAAUAUGACGAUGGCUACCCGCAAGUGGGCCUGGACUUGGACACCAUCGACAGUGGCUUCCUGGAAUCAGACUGCUCGAGCCCACUGAGCUCUGAAUGUGAUGGAGGCGAACAAUUGGAAGCCGCUUUACUGAGUGGUGGUGUGGGUGCUCAUUCAAACUAUGUCAAACAGUGGGUGGCCUUUAUUCCAUCAUCAGGAGACAGAAGCAACUCUGGGCAGCAGAGUCUGUGAUUCAGUGAGGGACUACUUUUACUAUGAACUCUUUUUCUCUUUGUACACUGAUUGCCCAUCAUGCAGGGGGUUGAAACUUGCAGUACCAGAAUCACUAGAAAUGUUUCACUCUGGAUGGUUACAGGCAUAAAGACUUACCUAGAGCUUAGUUUACACUGACAGCCUGGACUAUGGGAACAAUAGACUGGUGAUUCUCUGGUUGCUGAAGUAAAAUCUGAGGAAGUGAGUCGACUGUGUUUGUGACAACAAAAUCUGAUUUGGUAUCGCUGAGCUUUCAGAACUGUAUGUUUUUGGGGUUUUUUUCAGCAUUUGUGGUGGAGGGACAUGAAAGAUGAACAGAGACAAGCCUUGAGAGUAUUUCCCACAGAUCUGUGUUUAUCAAGUUCUGGUGUUGAGAACUGGACUGGCACAGGAGUGAUGAGUGUGUUAACUAAGAGAGAUAAGCAUGUUCAGUUGUUGUUAUGAACCCCCAAUCUGAUAAUGCCAGUGUGUUUUCAAAUUGAUAAGAUCUUAUGCCUACAUGACUAGAAUGUCUGAGCUCAGUUAUUUUUCUCCACUUUAACAUUCUGCAAUGUAUGCUGCAGAUAUUGUUAUAGCUAUGGCACUUUUUACAGCUAAAGCAUAACUCAGUUGUGAGACAUUGUGGUGCCAAGCUUUGUUUAUGAAGAGACAGUCUGCUGAGUUAAGUUUCCCCUAGCACACCUAGGGCUGGAAAUUCCCUAAUGUUAGUGGUAACCUACGUUGGGCACCCCAGUUUUGCAUAAUAGAUGGUAGUGGCAUUCCAGCUAAAACACUUUCCUGCUGCGCACUAUUGCAAAAGCAUUUUUUCUAACUAGCACCUUUUAGCUAACACAGAACAUUUAUGUUAUCAUACCAGGUUUUAAGUUAACCAUGACCAGCUCACAUACAUAUAGUAUUGCACAUAAAUGAAUGUAGAUUAUUAUUAUUAUUAUUAUUAUUAUUAUUAUUAUUAUUAUUACAAAUAACAGUUGCAUUAAACAAAGGACUGUUUGGCUAAAUUUAGAGAAGGAAACCCUCCACAUAAAUCUGGUCUUCCAAUCAAGUUUGUCUUGUGAUGUAAAAAUACAUGACAAAUACUACACAAAUACUAUAUGCUCUGUAAGCUAUUAGGAUUAAAUAUUCCAUACUGACUCAUCACAGUAUGACUAUUAAGAGUUCGGAAACUAGUCAUAGCUCAGAGACCAAUCUUUGGCAUGCUUGCUUCAUUAACUGAUCAAAGAUGUACAGAUAGCAGAGGUUUAGAUCAGACAAAACAGGAACUUCCGUAUGUAUAAACCCAUGCUUAAAAUGCACCUCUUCUCUUGAUAACCUGAGAGAGUUGUGCUGGGCAAGGUAAUAUGGUGAUAUUUCUCAUGCUUUAUUUCGCAUCUGUUAUGUUUCACUGUGUCAUUACUUAGUUGGGCUUACUGCCACACAUUCAUCUUGAUGGCUAUAUCAAAAACUGUUAACACUGGGCAAAAAGGAAUUGUUCUUCACUGCUUACUUUGCUUUGAUUUUGCCGUUUCUGGUUUAAUCUUGAACUCCAUUACUCUGAUUGUACAUAUGCUUGGUAUUCAUAAAAAUGGCUUAAUACUGUUUUCUUGCUUAUUGUCAAUUCCUACGUCUGAUUCACACGUGUGGCGUGUUCCCAAUUCAUUUGUAAGAAUGGAAGAAUUCUGUGAUUACUGCUGCUAUCAGUUAGCAAGUGAUUGAGAAUAGGGGCUCUAAAUAAUGAAAAGCUUAUGGAGACCAGCUCGCACCUAUGAAUGUUGCCAUGUGUGCACACAAGAUGGGAAAAGUACUAUAUAUAUUUCAUUGCAGGUUUAAAUAUAAAAGGUAUGCGCAUAUGGAUUAUAUGUCUUAUGUAAAUGUUCAUUGUAUUUAAAGAGGUGGGCCUCAGCACUCUGGUUGGAAGUAAAUUUUGUCGGCAAAUACAUCGUGUGAAAAUGAUUCUACAAUUUGGAGUCCUCUGUACAUUUCUAACCAUUACACAACGCUCUAAAGCCAACUCAUCAGUUCAGGACAGUGGGCUCACAUGUAAGACCAAUUACUGGUUGACCA